AUGACACAAAGGACGCGUCCCUUCAGCCCUAAAAAUGCGGGGGAUCGUUUUUUAGGGUUCUUGGGAUGCGCAGGGUCGAUCUUCCUCCCUAGGGUUGGAUCCGAUCCAUCGGGCACGCUGGAGUGCAUUCGCGGCGUCCUCAGCAGCUGCGGCUGCGAUGGCGGCCUCGGAUUGGGGCUCGCGGGACAGGGCCCCUUCAAAUCCGUGCUCGACGGCGACGUCUUCUGCUACUACGCCGACGGCGAAUGGAAGACUUCGUCGUCGGGGAAGUCGCUCGCGGUUCUCAAUCCUUCCAAUGGAAAGACGCAGUACAAAGUGACUGCUUGUACGAGAGAUGAGGUGAAUAAGGCCUUCCAGAGUGCUAAGAAAGCACAAAAGGAAUGGGCAAAGGUGCCCCUGUGCAAGAGAGCCGAGUACUUGUACAAGGCUGCCGCUAUUCUAAAAGCGCACAAAACUCCCAUUGCCGAGUGCUUAGUGAGAGAAGUUGCCAAGCCCGCCAAGGAUUCAGUGACCGAGGUGGUGCGCUCAGCAGAUCUUAUAGUUUACACUGCUGAAGAAGGCAUACGUAUCCUAUCGCAAGGAAAUUUUCUAGUCUCCGAUUCUUUUCCCGGGAAUGACAGAAACAAGCUUUGCUUCACAUCGAAGGUUCCUCUUGGGGUUGUUCUUUGCAUUCCUCCGUUUAACUAUCCAGUGAACCUGUCUGUAUCCAAGCUCGGCCCGGCUUUGAUUGCUGGAAAUGCAGUGGUGUUGAAGCCUCCAACUCAAGGAGCUGUCUCCGCUAUUCACAUGAUGCAUUGUUUCCACUUGGCUGGAUUUCCAAAGGGAUUGCUCUCAUGCGUGACGAUAAAGGUCUCUGAGCUUGGUGAUUACCUGACGACACAUCCCAUGGUGAAUUGUAUCAGUUUUACAGGUGGAUGCGAAACUGGAAUCUCCAUUUCCAGAAAGGCAAACAUGGUCCCGCUACAAAUGGAGCUGGGUGGCAAGGACGCGUUUAUUGUUCUUGAUGAUGCAGAUCUUGAGGCUGCUGCUACGAAUGUGAUCAAAGGUGGCUUUGCUUUUAGCGGGCAACGGUGCACGGCAGUUAAAGUUGUGCUGGCUCAAGAAAGUAUAGCGGAUACUCUAGUGAGCAAAAUCAACGCCAAGGUCGGAAAGCUCACGGUCGGGCCACCAGAACAGGAUUGUGAUAUUGUUCCAGUCGUCAGCGAUGCUUCAGCCAACUUUAUCGAGGGGCUUGUGAGCGAUGCAAAGCAAAAGGGUGCAAAACUAUGUCAGGAUUGGAAAAGGCAAGGAAAUCUCAUCUGGCCUAUUUUGGUAGACAAAGUGAAGCCCGAGAUGAGAAUAGCGUGGGAAGAGCCGUUUGGUCCAAUUAUCCCAGUGAUCCGAAUCAAGACGCAGGAAGAAGGCAUCAAACAUUGCAAUGCGAGCAGAUACGGGCUCCAGGGGUGUGUUUUCACCCAGAGUCUUGACAGAGCGAUGCAGGUGAGUGAUGCUAUGGAAACUGGAACCGUUCAGAUCAAUGCUGCACCAGCGAGAGGACCGGAUCACUUUCCAUUCCAGGGUGUUCGAGACAGUGGCAUUGGGUCGCAAGGGAUCACAAACAGCAUCAACAUGAUGGUGAAAAUCAAGACGACUGUUAUGAACUUGCCAUCAAACUCGUAUACCAUGGCUUGAGAGAACCAAAAGGUUUGCGAAUGUUGACCAGCUAAAACUUUUCUCUUAUCACACAUAGUUUACAUGCGAACAAAACUUCCGAAGAGGUUGCAAUGA